AUGGAGGGCCAAGAUAGUGGUGAUGAGCUUUACCCCAUCGCCGUGCUGAUCGACGAACUCAAGCAUGACGACGUCCUCCUCCGGCUCAACGCCAUCCAUAGACUCUCUACAAUCGCACUAGCCUUGGGUCCUGAACGAACAAGAGACGAAUUGAUACCAUUCUUGGACGACUCUGUUGAGGACGAGGAUGAAGUUUUGACAGCACUCGCCGACGAGCUCGGAAAUUUCGUCGAAUAUGUCGGCGGUCCAGAAUACGGCCAUGUGCUCCUCGCACCGUUGGAGAAUCUUGCAGCCAUCGAGGAGCCACUCGUGCGGGACAAGGCUGUUGAAUCACUCAACAAGAUCUGUGAGCAACUUUCGGAACGACAAGUGGAGGAAUAUUUCAUCCCCCUUACGAUUCGACUCUCCAAGGCGGACUGGUUCACAUCGAAGAUCUCUGCCACGGGACUGUAUGUGACACCCUACAAGAAGGCCUCUCCCUCUGCACAACAAACUCUCCGAACUCAGUUCGGCCACCUCGUUCACGAUGAAACACCCAUGGUCCGACGACAAGCUGCAAACAACCUGGCCAAGUUCAUCAAGGUCGUGCCGGUAUCAGUGGUGAUUGAUGAGAUGAUUCCCCUGUUUCAACAUCUUGCCAGCGAUGAUCAAGACAGCGUCCGUUUGCUUACCGUCGAGGUUCUCAUCUCCAUCGCUGAAGUCAUUCCGAAAGAACAACAACCGAGCCAUGGCGUCCUUCUGACUGCGUUGCGGAGUUUGUUUGAAGAUAAGAGCUGGAGGGUCAGAUACAUGGUUGCCGAGAAGUUUGAAAAGAUCGCCAAAGCUGUCAAUGAAGAGGUCGUCACAAGGGAUUUGGUUCCGGCAUUCGUCAAGCUGCUCAAAGACAGUGAGGCGGAGGUGAGAACGGCCAUCGCCAGUCAGAUCCCUGGCUUCUGCAGUCUGCUCGACCGAGAGACUCUGCUCAACGAGAUCAUGACCAGCAUCGAAGACCUUGUCUCUGAUCCAUCCCAACAUGUCCGAGCUGCUCUCGGCACACAACUGAGUGGCUUGGCUCCAAUCCUGGGCAAGGAAGAGACGAUUUCUCACCUCCUCCCCAUGUUCCUGCAAAUGCUCAAGGACGAAUUUCCCGACGUGCGACUACACAUCAUCUCCAAACUCGAAUUGGUCAACAACGUUAUUGGCAUUGAUCUACUUUCGCAGUCACUUCUUCCCGCCAUUGUCCAACUUGCCGAAGACAAGCAAUGGCGUGUACGCCUCGCUAUCAUCGAAUAUAUUCCAUUGCUUGCCAGACAGUUGGGCGUGAAAUUCUUUGACGAGCAAUUGAGUUCUCUUUGCAUGGGCUGGUUAGGUGACACUGUCUUCUCUAUCAGAGAGGCCGCCACUCAGAACCUGAAGAAACUCACGGAAGUGUUUGGCGUGGAAUGGGCGAACCGAGCAAUCAUUCCAAAAGUCACUGCUAUGAGCCAGCAAGAGAAUUAUCUUUACAGAAUGACGACCUGCUUCGCCGUUACGAUCCUCGCCCCUGUCAUCACUCUCGACAUCAUUCAGAAAAGCAUCCUCCCCAUGAUGGACCGACUUGUGUCUGACCCGAUCCCCAACAUUCGAUUCAACGUGGCCAAGUCAUAUGCCGUUCUCAUUGACACCCUCCGCCGCCUCCCUGCCGAAGGCACGCUGCAGCAACUUGAAGAAUCCGGCAAUACAAAUGUCGAACCGAGCCCUCUAGGCGCCGAGCUGAUCAACGACCAGAUCAUGCCGAACCUGGAAAAACUACAGGGGGACAAGGAUGUCGAUGUUCGAUACUUUGCCACCGUUGCCGCUGGAGGCAACGUGGCCGCGGCGGCGGAGAGAAUGGACACCGGACAGUAG